AUGUCACAAGGCCUUCCAAUGACUUCUCAAAUCACAACCAUUCAGCUAGCCAGGAGCAGAUCUCUAGAACAGAGAAUCCCUCUACUUCUCAGGCCUGUCAUUCGCGCCUAUGUGUUGGGUUACGCCUCAAGUACCACGCCUAGGGUUCUGACGUUAAUUUUGACGCAUCUUAGCCGAAGGAGGAAAACCUUUGACGAGAAGCCGGAUGAUCUAUUUCUCCAUUCCCUCGUUCGGAUACUAAGAGGGGGUCUGGAACUUCAACGGUUUCCUACCUUUUGUGCUGCACUUGUUGGAGGCUCAACUCUAUUAGAGGUGCCAAUACAGCGGCUAUUUGCAAGUCUUGCAACACGCCUGUCACAUUUGGAGAAAAUUCGACUGACAAAAUGGCUUUCCACGUUCAUCGCAGCAUGGUUCAGCUUCAAGCUCCUCCAAUCUAAAAAGAGCGAUGCCUUCACCGAAGAUGUUUACUGCGAGACCGCCAGCGGACGAGUCCUCAGACCCAAGCACUUUGCUGGCAGAACUAUGGACCUUACCCUCUUUGCUGUAACGCGAGCACUAGAUGUCAUCGUCGGCGAGCUCUGGACGCAGCGUAAAGAUCGAAGAAAAGCUACUGGGAAAUGGAAUAGCCUCGACAAAGCAGUGUCAACACUCGCCGACCCAGCCAUAUUCGCCUCAUCAUGCGCCCUCAUCAUGUGGGCAUGGAUAUACACGCCCUCCAGUCUCCCCCGCUCUUACAACAAAUGGAUCAAAUCCGCCGCUUCCGUCGACCAGCGCCUGCUUCUCGCUCUCCGACGUAUGCGCUACGGCGAGAUCAAGUACGGUCUCGAAACAGGCCAAGCACCCCUCCUCCAAGAAAUGUGCAAAGACUACAACUUACCACUCUCCUAUGGCGAUCCCGCCAUCACAGUCCCCUACCCAUGUGAGAUAGUCCAUAUGGGCAGCGGCCCAAACUGCGAAUACCACUUCCUAUCCCGCUUCGUCCGCUCCUUCAUCUGGGCAUUCUCCACCUACGCACCCCUCAACCUGCUCCUCACAGCCCGGAACCCCUCGAAAAAGAGCCUCAUCCGUGCACUCACCUCGUCUGCGCGAUCCUCCUCCUUCCUAGGGUCUUUCAUCGCACUCUACUACUAUGGCAUCUGCCUCGCGCGGUCUCGCAUCGGGCCACACGUCCUUGGGACUUCCAACUCAGCCUGCCAGCAAAUAGACAGCGGGCCCUGCGUAGCAGGCGGUUGUGCUCUCUGUGGAUGGAGCGUGCUGAUUGAGAAUGAGACGCGGAGGAAGGAACUUGGGUUGUUUGUUGCGCCGAGGGCGUUGGCUACGCUGCUGCCGAGGCGAUAUCUCAUGGAGAAUCAGUGGCGGGAGACGCUGGCGUUUGCGUGUAGCGCGGCGGUGGUAUUUACUUGUGUGGGGGAAAAGCCUGAGAGGGUUAGAGGGGUGUUGGGGAGGCUGUUGAGAAGGGUUUUGAGUCCUUGA